AACCUUCAACGGGAACUGCAGGCUGAACACGUGGAGGUGGAAGACACGUCCCCCAAUCACUGCUCCACCAGCUUCAAGGUUGUGGUGGUGUCACCUCUGUUUGAAGGGAAACCUCUGCUGCAGAGACAUAGGCUUGUCAACAGCUGCCUGGCGGACGAGCUGAAGAUCAUUCACGCCUUUGAACAGAAGACUCUGACGCCAGCUCAGUGGGAGCAGGAAAAGCAGAAGUAA